AAGGAGCGGCCUCUCUGUCUUAGCUUUUGGAAGAUCGCAACGGUAAUUUUCCUCUCACAUCUCUCUCUCUCUCUUUGAAGACCGAAUACUGGUUUUGAUCCGAAGGAGGAAGAUUCGAAGAAAUGGCGUUCGGGAAGGCACCUCGCAUGACUCAAGAUAAUCAUGCGCAUACAAGAAGUUUUAGAGUUUACUCUGAUUGUGAGAAAACUGACCAGGCGUGUUCAAUGGUAACUGCCCAGAAAAGUGGCAUCCCUGUGAGGAGUAGGAGGAAAUCUGUGAGAACUAGCACUGGGUCAACUUCCAGCACCAAAAAUAUGAAGAAGGAAAUUCAUGGAAUUAAGGUCAAAGGAAAAAGCCACUGUGACAGCUCUGAAGAUACUAAGGUGAGAAGAAAAGCGUUGGCGGAUUUGAGUAACGUCGCUAGUAACACUUCAAGGAGUAAAGCCCUUGGUGACAGCAUUACGAUGAAGCAUAAGCGGGUUAAAAGUGCAAUUUUGCAAAGGAUGUCAGUGGGUUCUUUCAAAGUUCAGGAUACUUCAUCAAGAAAAUCUACUGAGGGAAAAGUGAGGGGAAAGCCAACUCAGGUAUUUGGUGACAGACAAAUCUAUAGGACAGAGGCUGGGGAUAGAAGUCAUCAAUUGAUCAAAAGCAAGAAUCUGAGCCUUGCAUCUGCUACCGAUGCAACAAGGAAAUCCUUUCCAAGCUUAAAGAGGACAAGCCUGACAAACAAGAGCAGUCUAAAGAAGGACAAUCGUUCAAGCUUUGAAGCUAAAGGGCUGUGUGAAGCCAGCAAAGUCAGCAAGAAAGUUAUCCCUCAAGGGAGCAGUGCCAGAAGCAAUCUUUUAAAGAAUCGGACUAGUGAUGGUUUCGUACAAUCGUGUGGAAACAGCCGCCGAAAAAAUAUUGUUCAUCCUAUACAAAGAAAAUCUACCAUGAUCCAAAUGGCUGUGAAGACCACGCUCCAGACCUCACAGUCUCAAAAGAAGCCCAAAUGUUUGGUGGUUAGAAGUAAAUCAAGAUCCAUAUCUUCACUCUCUUCCAAGGAAGCAGUUUCGGGGUCCUCACAUCAUGAGAAAGUACCUGAGAAGGUUGAACUGGAAGCUCCUGUAGAAAAUACUCAGUUGGAAUGUUCAGCUACUAGUACUCAGGAUGUUACAGUGAGGCCAAAAUCAAAGCGGAGAAGGUCUUUCACAUCAUUACUGGUGACAAGAUCAAAGGACACUGGGGAAGACGGCCAUAAUUCGGCAAACCAAAAACUUCCAAAAAUUGAUGAUGAAUCCAAUCAGUUGGAAGUUGCAGAAUAUGUAGAUGACAUCUAUCAAUUUUAUUGGGUCGCAGAGGCGCAAAACCCACCUUUAGGAAAUUACAUGGCUAUUCAGUCAGAGAUAACUCCGCACAUGCGUGGAGUUUUGAUCAACUGGCUAGUUGAAGUGCAUUUCAAGUUUGAUCUAAUGGCAGAGACUCUCUACCUCACAGUGAACUUGUUAGAUCGUUACCUCUCCCAAGUUCCGAUAAAGAAAACCGAAAUGCAGUUGAUUGGUCUUACCGCACUCUUGCUUGCAUCAAAAUAUGAAGACUUCUGGCAUCCAAGGAUUAAAGAUUUAAUCGGCAUAUCAGCAGAAUCCUACACCAGAGAACAAAUCUUGGGAAUGGAGAGGAUUAUGCUUAAACAGUUAAAGUUUCGAUUGAAUGCACCCACUUCCUACGUUUUCAUGUUAAGGUUCCUCAAGGCUGCUCAGUCAAACCAAAAGCUUGAACAACUCGCCUUCUACCUGAUAGAGUUGAGCCUGGUCGAGUACGAUGCUCUGAAAUACAAGCCGUCGAUGUUAUGUGCCUCGGCCAUCUACGUGGCACGGUGCACCUUGCGCAUGGCUCCAUCUUGGACUCCACUACUAAUCAAACACGCACGCUACGACGUCCCUGAAAUGAGGGAUUGCGCUGAAAUGAUCUUAAGGUCCCAUAAAGCUGCAAAAACAGGAAAACUGAGGGUGACAUAUGAGAAGUACAUGAAUCCUGAUCGUUUUAACGUUGCGGUCUUGAAACCAUUGGAUAAGCUCUCUCAACUCUGACCGCACGAAAAGUGUUUUGUUACCUGUAGAUAUAACCCCCCCACCAGCUAUGGAGGCCAGAGUCCAAGAAAGGUAUGCGUGUUUUCAAGUCAUACAUAGACUCCAUCAAACUGUGGAACCUUCUUCAUCUAAUCUUCAAACUUUGCAGGGCAGAGACAUUAACAUAGGAUCUUUUACUUUUGGUUUUUUCCCUUGUGGCAUUUCCCCCAUGCCAAAAGACGAAAACACUUAGGCUUAUGAUUCCGCUUUGAGGUAUGUGUGUGGUUUUCAUGUGGGGUGUUUCAAUUAGCAUCUGAACUCGUGAACUACAUGCUCUUAUGCAUCAUCACCCACACUGAUUAUGUACAGAUUCCUGGCUUUAUCUCAA